GCAUUUCUAGCCAAGUACCGCGUCGAAUGAGAUAAAGGGUUUCGAACUCAUUAACGGUACUCUUAACGAGUUGGAAAUACAGAGUUUUCUCUUUCUCCGGCAAAAGUAACAGCAAGUUUGGUAUACUAGUCCUCAGAUUAUCGCAUUUGUAAGGCUGUGAGAAUUCAGCUCCUGCAAAUCAAUCGCGCAGAUUAUUAGAUUUCUAACUAUUGGGUUUAUUAUUCUAAGAGAUGGCAGACCUGCGGAAAUCCAUAAUGCAUUUCGCUCGUGAAAACUUCGGAGAAGACUAUUACCCAGUCCUGCACGGCCGUUGCACUAGCCUGGAAUGCUUGGCACUUCUUAUUCAACCAAAAAGGGGAUUCAUUCCAUUUAGCAAACAGAGGAUGACCGUGCUCUCAAGUGUUGGGCGCUUUGCUGACAAUCCUGAAGACUUCAUCGCCAUGUUCAAGUCAAGGGUCAGGAGAAGCAAACGAAGUCUCGAGAAGGAAGAAAUCAGUUCUGUUUUCGACUCUCAUGAUGUUGGUGUUGAGAUGCUUGACAGCAUGGGAAUGGAUUUGAAGAUGACGAAUGUGGACGGCGACCUAAAACUAGGGCAGCUGGACGAAGAGUACUUCCUAGACGCGGAUAUUCGUGAGAUUUUAAGCUGUACAACCUUAAAGAGUAGUAUCAUGGAUGCCUAUGCCGGUCACAGGCUUUACAUAGCCACUGGGAUAGUCUACAGUAACAAAUUUAAGCUGGUAGGCGCAAGAGAGUCGCAGUUGCAAGUAGGAGCGCAAGCCAGCAUUUCACUUCCCUAUAACGCGUCGAUGACUCACGCUCAAGCGAGUGCGAGUGCUGGGUACCGCCACACCCAAAGCUAUGGUUGCCCCCUCACAAGGAAGUCCCGUGCCCCUCUACUAUUCACACUCGCCAGGGUAAACUACAAUAAGGCCUCAAGAACUCUGGAGAUCCCCAAGGGGAAGUUCAUUGGCAAACGGGUCAAGGUGCUGAGGCCACGUGGUUUCAAACAAUCCUCUACACAGGGAUUCCAAGAGUGCAAGUCAGAAAGAGCCGUGUUCAAACAAUAUCCAGUCGUGGCUGCUGCCGCUAUUUCCGGUAAUGACGAGAACGGGGAUACCUCAGAUGAUGAUGAUAUUGUAAUGGCACCAGUCGAGCUAGAAGAAGAGGACUAACUAUGGAUUCUUCUCCAGAUAAAUCGCAAAGAGCACUUUAAAGCUGUUACUUUAUUUAUAGCUAAGCUAGCUAACGUCCCACGGGCUCCUUACGUCCCCCCUCGGAGUUUAUCUUUAGAAGAAAUGUAUUGCAUCUUAGACAAUAUGGUGUUAUGGUACAGGAAGGGAAUGAAUGAUGUCUUAUGCUUUUCAACAACAAAAUGGUUAUAUAGAUCUAGGCAAUGACUGAAGCACACUUAAAAAGGUUGACUUAAAAAAUCUCUCAUAAAUUUUAUUGCCAAAAAAGCUGCAAAAUUUA